AUGACAGUUUUUCUUGGAGUUUACAAGGCGAUUUAUUCGUAUGAACCUCAAACAGAUGAAGAGUUACGUAUCGAGGAAGAUGAUUUACUGUACGUGUUAGAAAAAUCUGAGGUUGAUGACUGGUGGACGGUUAAGAAGAGGGAAAUUGGGACGGAUACGGAGGAGCUGGUGGGGUUAGUCCCUAAUAAUUACAUUGAGGAGGCUGAUGUGCUUUAUCAGGUUCAUGCUAUUUAUGAUUAUAAGCAGGUACAGAAUCCAGAUGAGGAGUUGUCGUUUCAGGAAGGUGAUGUGUUUGAUAUUUUUGAUGACAGGGAUGCUGAUUGGUUUCUUGUACGUGCUGUGAAGGAUAAAAAGGUGGGGUUUAUUCCGGGGAAUUAUGUAGAGACCAUUGAGGAAGGAGGACGUGGGGGCAAUGUAUCAAAUGUUGAUAUGACAGAAGCUCCUAGGAAAGGGCCUUCUGCUGCUGCUAGUUCUAUGCAACCUCCAAAUAAUGGUCGUGCAAAUGUACCCGAAUCUGUGGGCUAUAUAAAACCCACAAUUCCAACUACUCAAGUUUCACAUGUUAAUUCCAAUACUAGUGAGAUAUACGAUGAUCGUCCGUUGCCGAAGCUACCCACCCACGCGGAGGCUGAGUCAGAGUCAGAGGGGGAACAGCCGCCUGCAAAGCCAGUAAGACCGGAGGAUAGGGCCAACAACGCUUCUAGAAAGGAACGUACAAUGACGGAAUAUAGAGUCUCUUCCGGAAAUUAUAGUAUUAACUCACGGAGUUGGGAUGUUCACGAACUUAAUGGUCGUAAGAAGACAAAAGCCAGAUUAACCGUUCGAAAUAACUUGGUUAUCUUCGUUGCCGCAGAUGAUGAGCCAAAGAGUUGGCCUAUACAAAAUCUAUUGAGCUGCGCCAAUGAGAAGAAGCACAUGUUUUUGGAAUUUAAGGACCCUUAUGCUAAUAUUGAGAUUCAUACCGGUUCAUCUGAUCUGGCAGAUGAGAUAAAAGUAGUUUUUGGAGAACUAAAGGGCGCUGUUAAUGACAAAGCAUUACGUGAGAUUGAAGCUGCCGCUCAUCCCUCUCCAAAAAAAGUCGGUUUAGUUAAAUUUGAUUUUGAUGGGGUAGCUGAGGAUGAAUUAUCUGUCAAGGCAGGUUCCCUAGUCCUAAUUUUAAAUGAUGAGAAAUCUCUUGAUUGGUGGAUGUGUGAGCUUGUUUCAACUGGGAAGAAAGGUGUUGUCCCAGCCAAGUUUAUCGAGGUUCAAAAGGAUCCCAAAAAAGGUUCGACUUCUUUGAAUAUCAAUAAACAAUCUUCAGGAAGAACAAGAGAGCUUGGAGAUUGGAAAAAUGAUGCAGAACAGGAUAGUACUCGCAAGCAAAGUGUAUCGAAGAAAGGUGAUAAGAAGCCAGGGACCAAAAAGAAGCGCUUCCCAGAUCCGAAUAAUACUCGUAUCUGGGUAGACAAGAGUAAUACAUUUAAGGUGGAGGCUGAGUAUCUUGGGUAUGUGGAUGGGAAAGUACAUUUGCAUAAGGUCAACGGUGUUAAAAUCGCUGUGGCGGUAGAAAAGCUAUCAGUAGAAGAUCUUCAGUAUUUGGAAAAACUGAAUAGUAUUUCUUUAGAUCAGUAUAAGCCACGGGGAGCAGGUAAAACCCAAAGUGGUUCUUCCAGAGGCCAAGAAGAGGAUGUAAGAAGACUACAGAGGCAGCAAGAUGAUGCUGAACGUGAUAGAGAAGGAAGAGAACAGGACAGGCGUCUGAGAGAACGCGAAUUAAAUGAACUGAGGAAAGCUAGAGAUCUACUGGAUCAGGAGAGGGAGAAAUUGAAGGCAAUGACAGGUGGCACUUCAGGGCCACUAAGGUCUAAAAACCCUAAAAGCGAAGAUGAAUAUGAUUGGUUUGAAUUUUUCUUAAAUUGUGGCGUUGACGUAAAUAACUGCCAAAGAUACACUUUGACCUUCGAGAACCAACAAAUAUCCGAGCAAAUUUUGCCUGAUAUUCAACCACAAACCUUGAGAGCGCUCGAAUUACGCGAGGGUGAUGUAAUCAGGGUUAUGAAAUAUUUAAACCAAAAAUAUGGCAGGAAGUCUCAAAGUAGUUCAAAUAACCCUUCCGGGGAAGCUGACCAAAGUGGCUUAUCCGACCAGUUAUUACCACUUAAUAAUGUUUCUAAGGAUGAUGUUGCUUGGACUGUUAAACCUGCAGCAAAGUCGGAAACGUUGCUACCUCAGACGAAGAAGGAAUUUUCUGGGUCACUACAGGACUUAUUGGAUCUAAAGCCUCUGGAACCAAAAAAGAAGGACGAAAUUCCACAACCAAAUCUACAGGAUUUGGAGCAUAUAAAGACCGGGUCUUCGACCAAAUUGUCUACACAGAAGACUGGCUCCUUUGCUGCACCUUUAGAUCCUUUUAAGACUGGUGGUCAUAAUUUGAUGCCAAAUAUUACUGGGGGUCUAGUUUUGUUGCCGGUAGCAACUGGAAGUAUGAUUCCAGUGCAAGAUACAGGUGGUUUGAUUCCAUUACAGAGGACAGGGGGUAUUGCUAUGCCUGAAACAACUUUUGGCACCCAAAUUACAGGAGGUAUUUUACCCGUCCAAAAAACUGCCAAUGGUUUACUUCCUGCUCCCAUUGGUGCCUCAACUCUAAUGUCAAAAACAACUUUCGGAACCGGUCCAAUGUUGCAGACUGUGACGGGGGGGAUGAUGCCACUUCAACAUGCUGGUGGGAUGAUGUCAUCUACUUCAAUGAUACCACAAACUACAUUUGGAACAGCCCCAAUGAAUCAAACCACAUUUGGAACAGCCCCAAUGAAUCAAACGACGACUGGUGGAAUAUUGCCAUUCCAGAGGACAGGUGGUGGCUUACCCGUUACUUCCACUGUCGUUCAACAAACAACAGUAAGCACAGGUCCUAUCUCCCAAGCUUUUACUGGCGGUAUGAUGCCAGUUCAGAGAACUAUGGGUGGUUUCCCAUCUGCAUCCAUAAUUCCACAAACGACUUUUGGAACUGGACCAAUCAUGCAACAAGCUGGCGGAAUUAUGCCACUUCAGAGAACUGGUGGUCCGUUAUUAGGUACAUCCAUAAUUCCACAAACCACAUUUUCCAAUGUUCCUCUCGGCCAAACCAUCACUGGUGGUGCUAUGGCAUUACAAAACACUGGUGGUGCCUUAAUGAAUAUGCCCCAGUCUUUUGGACAACAACAACAAAUGGCUCUUCUACAGCAGAACCGUAUAUUUGAAAUGAAUAUGCAAAGAACGGGGGAUGUUAACUCAUUCCCACAAACUUCAUUUGGUGUUGGCGGGAUGAAUCAGAUCACUAACGAUAUGCAAGGAAUGAAUCUCAACCAACAACAACCUCUGCAAAACCAGCCUACUGGUUUUGGGUUUGGUAACGCUCCUCCACCUCAACAGAGACAAGCUAAUUUGUAUAACGCAUCCGCAGCGAAUCCUUUUGGUUUUUAA